AUGGACGAAGAAGACAUGGAACUUGGUGAUCUUCCUCUUCCUACGGCCAGUUCUUUCUUACGUGCCUAUACACAGGAAAUCCUUGAUGAAUGGAGAAAGAAGAAGAAGAAGAAGAAACGAUCAGACCAGGCAUUGGUCAAAGUUAAUAUUGGAGAAAAUCCUUUCAUUCCUGAAGAUUUGUUUUUGAAUAUUCUGUUGAGUUUGCCAAUCAAGUAUAUUCUUCGAUGGAGACAACUUUCCAGAAAAUGGAACUUUCAAUUACGAAGUCCUGAAUUUAUUUCUCUUCAUUACAACCAUUUGUCACAGAAGAGAUUUGAAUCAUUGAAAUCAUCAUCAUCAUCAUCAUCUUUCAUUCUCCUUCGAGCUGUUUAUGAUCCCAACAACAUGCCAUUGAACCGUAGGAUCGUAUUGACAUACCUUACCUUAAAGAAAACAGGCACCAACAUAAUACCCACAAUCGACAGAGAAGAAAAAGUUAAUACCGUCCUAUCAUUAAUGUUUACACCCGAUGAUGUAGGACUCCCCUAUCCAUCAGAGAUUCAGCGUGUCCAACUCUUUUGUCUGUUUGACGGUUUGAUAUGUUUGGGAUAUGGGUUGUUUGUCAUGAUCUACAAUCCAGCCACUAGAGAAUUGCAUCUGUUACCUACCGCUCCUAGUUUGAAUAACCAUUCAUUUGAUUUUCAAUAUCUCACUCCUUGUAUUUUGGGUGUUUGGUACAAAUCUGCGGUGAAACAAUACAAAGUCUUUAGUAUGAUUUAUUGGAGUGACUGCUGUAAGAUCAAUGUAUAUGAUUCUACAUUGAAUGAUUGGAGGAGAAUAAGCAAGACAAUAUUUGGGAAGCCACAUCCUGAUGUAUUCUUAUUAUUCAAUGGAGUUGUUCACUUUUAUAUGGAGAACCAUUUGGAUGAUCGUUCUGUGAUUGUCACAUUGGAUGCAAUUUCGGAAACAUUUGGACACCUUGAAUUGCCCUGUUUUGGUGAGUUUUGCAAUAUUUCUUCCUUGUUGCCCUUUCGUGGAAAACUUGCUUUUUUGGAACCGAAUAUUGAGCUGAAUGAUGCAUCUCUUUAUUGUGAUUUAUGGGUGAUGACUGAAUAUGGCGUGAAUCAAUCUUGGACCAAGCAAUACUCGGUGACUAUUGAUCUUUUGGAUUCAUUAAACGUGUUCUAUCAUUAUACAUAUCGCCCCUUGACGUUUAUCAACUUCAUGGAUGAGAAGGAUGAUGAAUUAUUGAUGAGAACACAUAAUGGAAAGAUUGUCUGUUGCAACCUUGUCACAGGGAAGAUCACUGAUUUGGAAUUGUCUUGCAUUUAUUUUAGGACUACAAAUAUUGUACCUUAUAAUGUUGAGAGUUUAUUUACUCUUAAAUGA